UUGGUCGGUGUGGGCCAGCGUCUGGGGAAGGCUCCGCGUCGCCCCGCCGGCCGAACAGACGGAAGGAUGGAGGCUUCGUCGGCCCUUCGCGGCGGCGUCCGCGCGCUGCUGCUGGUCCUGCUGCUGUGCGCGAGCUGCGAGGGCAGAGACUCGGACCUGAACCACGUCACGUGCGGCUCCCUGCUCAAGCUCGUCAACACCAGACACAACGUCCGCCUGCAUUCGCAUGACGUCAAAUACGGCUCCGGCAGCGGUCAGCAGUCGGUGACCGGGGUGGAGGCGGCGGACGACGCUAACAGCUACUGGCAGAUCCGGGGGCGGCCCAGCCGGCCCUGCCAGCGGGGGGCAGCCGUCCAGUGCGGCCAGGCCAUCCGCAUCACGCACAUGAAGACUGGCCGCAACCUCCACUCCCACCACUUCAGCUCCCCGCUGUCCAACAACCAGGAGGUGAGCGCCUUCGGGGAGAACGGGGAGGGGGACGACCUGGACGUGUGGACGGUCCAGUGCGACGGCGUCCACUGGGAGCGGGACGAGGCGGUGCGCUUCAAGCACGCCGGCACGGACGCCUUCCUGAGCGUGACGGGCGAGGCCUACGGCCACCCCAUCCGCGGCCAGCGCGAGGUGCACGCCAUGGGCGCGCCCGGCCCGCACGGCUGGUGGCGCGCCAUGGAGGGCGUCUUCAUCCAGCCCAGCCAGGAGCCGCUGCGCCACGACGAGCUCUGA